AUGGGAGCCGGUCAGGGGCGGGGACUGACCCCCUGCUUUGUCCUAGAUGUGAAUGAAUGCGCCUCUGGACAAAACCCGUGCCACAAAUCCACCCACUGCCUCAACCAAGUGGGCRGCUACCAGUGCCGCUGCCGACCCGGCUGGAAGCCUAUCCCCGGAUCCCCCAACGGCCCCAACAGCACCGUGUGCGAAGAUAUGGACGAGUGCAGCUCCGGGCAGCAUCAGUGCCACCAGUCCACCAUCUGCACCAACACCCUGGGGUCGUACCAGUGCCACUGCCGCCCAGGCUGGGAGCUGAUUCCUGGGAGCGUCAAUGGCCGGAACAGCACCAUCUGCAAAGUCAAGCCCUUCUUCACCUGGUCUCUGCCCCCUGGAGUCCACAGCCAGAGUCUCUCCCGCUUCUUUGACAAAGUCAACAAUCUGCACAAGGAUUUCAAGCCAGUUGCGGCCACCAACACCAUCCAGAACCUCAUUGGGGCCAUGGACCAGCUGCUGAAAGCCCCUGGGGACGUGGAGGACAUUGCCCUGCCUGUCCGGCACCAGGUGGCCACGCAGUUGCUCCUGGGCCUGGAGCAAUCUCUGAGGACCCUGGCGGAGUCUCUGCCUGAAGGCCCCUUCACCUACCGGUCCCCUUCAGGCACAGAGCUGUCCCUGAUGAACCAGAAGCCAGGGAAUGGAAAUGUCACUUUGGGCCAGAGCCACGCACGGAUCCACCUAGACUGGGCCACCGCAACUGGAGCCGGGAACUCCAGCACAGGCACCACUGUGGUGGGCAUCCUGUCCAACCCGAACAUGGGGAAGCUGCUGGUCAACGCCUCCCUGGUUCUGGACCCCGAGAAGGUAGAGGAGCUGCAGAAGGCCCACGAAGGCCCCCUGCGGGGCGCGCGCAUCCAGAUCCUCUCGCCCGUCAACUCSGUCUUUCUGACCAACAACGACACUGAGAAGCUCGCCUCCCCUGUGACCUUCGCCUUCUCCCACGAUGGGGAGAGAUCCAGGAAACGUAAAGAGCUGAUCUGUGCCUUCUGGAAGAUGGACAGUAACAAGAGUGGACACUGGGACACCACCGGCUGCUGGAAGCUGGGCAGCGGCAAUAACAGCACCACCUGCCAAUGCAACCACUUGAGUAGCUUUGCCAUCCUCAUGGCCCACUACGACAUACAGGACUGGAAGCUGGAGCUGAUCACCAAGGUGGGACUGUGGCUGUCGCUCGUCUGCCUUCUGCUGUGCAUCCUCACCUUCCUGCUGGUGCGGCCCAUCAAGAGCUCUCGCACCACCGUGCACCUGCACCUCUGCGUCUGCCUGUUCGUGGGCUCCGYCGUCUUCCUGGCGGGCAUCGAAAAGGAAACCCCAGACGGCGAGGCGGGGCUGCGCUGCCGCCUGGUGGCCGGGCUGCUGCACUACUGCUUCCUGGCCGCCUUCUGUUGGAUGAGCCUGGAGGGCCUGGUGCUGUACUUCCUCGUGGUGCGCGUGUUCCAGGGCCAGGGCCUGAGCACACGCUGGCUCUGCCUGAUCGGCUACGGCGUGCCCCUGCUCAUCGUGGCCAUCUCGGCGGCCACCGCCAGCGAGGGCUACGUCGGCGAGACCUACUGCUGGUUGAGCAAAAAGCAUGGCUUUUUCUGGAGCUUCGUAGGACCCCUGGCCUUAAUCAUUUUGUGCAAUGCUGUGAUCUUCGUGAUUACCGUCUGGAGGCUCACUCAGAAGUUUUCUGAAAUCAACCCAGACCUGAAGAAAUUACGGAAGGCAAGGGUGCUGACCGUCACAGCCAUUGCCCAGCUCUUUGUGUUGGGCUGUACCUGGGUCUUUGGCUUGUUCCUCUUUGAACCCUACAGCUCAGUGCUGACCUACAUCUUCACCAUCCUCAACUGCCUGCAGGGACUCUUCCUCUACGUCCUGCUCUGCCUUCUCAACAAGAAGGUGAGGGAAGAGUACCGCAAGUGGGCCUGCAUGGUUGCUGGGAGCAAGUACUCAGAGUUUGCCUCUUCCACAACUGGCAGCAGCCACAAUCAGACUCGGGAGCUCAGGCCAUCGGAGUCUGGUAUGUAAAGGCAAGGAUCACGCCAAGCCAGUGACUCCUGCACGUGCUGAAGGAUACCCUCCUGCCGCUGUCCUCCCACCUUGGGGCCCCAUUGCAGUAGAGCGGGCCACAGCUCAUCUCAUACUCAACCCCAGAACGGGGGAGCUGCCAGCGGUCCCGCUUCUGACCAUCUCUGUGCCCCACRAAAGCUGUGGGGACACAAACUGGCCCAGGGUUGCAACCCACUGCUCUAGCACAUACUGCCAGUUCUGAGGACAGACUGCAGACCCUGGUGCCCUUUACCCUCAGCUCUUUGCCACAGAACAGAAGGGGCCAGGAUGCUGGGUUCAGCUUGCCUAUUAAGCCAAGACUGAAGUCAGAGGCAGAGAAGCUGGCUGCCGCUGACACUCACGGUACAGAGGCCUGGCUGCCCACCUGCAGGGGCAGAGGGGUCUCCCUGUUGUGAAGGUUGGAUGUUGUGUAAUGUCUUUUUAUCUGUGUAAAUCUCUCAGUGUUGACACUUAAAAAAAUUAAAUA